CCAGCUCUAACACAUACGUGCCUUUCGAAUUUGGCUGCGCUUUUUCUUUUUUAUUAUUCAAAGCAAAGUCGUGUGUUUUAUCUUCUGUAAUCGCUUUUGAGUUGUGUUAAAUUUCCAAAUCGCGGAUCGUCAACUAUAAAAGUGUGGUUAAAUUGUUAAAUUCAUAGUUCAUUUUCUCAAAUACUUGCGUUUUGACGGCAACAUCUGCGUAUUCCAACAUACAAAAUUUGCCAUGUGGCUUGUACAUACAUAGUUGAAAAUAUUUUUUGUUCUUUUUUUGUUGUUUUAGAUUCUAUUGCGCAUUAUUAAAAGUAGAUCAGUGCUGUUUUUUUGAAUCUGAAGAUUUUUUACACAAUUUGGACACACAUACAUAUGUAUGUAUUGCCGUUUGUGUGUCAGCUCGUAAAAUCCAACGAAAUUCUCAACACACGCACACACCUCUUCACCAACGCUUGAGGGUAUUGGUGUGUCCAUUGGAAUUGCGCUGAAAAGCUGAUGUGAUAUUUCAUAUUGGAAAACGGACGCAACGCACAACAAAAAGGAAAAACUUGCUUACCCAAAACACUAGACAAAAAGUCAAAAAUUUCUACCUGAAACGUCACGUUAAAUUGAUCUUAAUUAUGUUUUCAAUAAGAACUAUAGAAAGGGAUAACCAAAAGAAAAUCGAAUGCAAGAUGAUAAUGGCAAAGGAUGUUAAGGGAUGGCGCGAGGGUUAUAAUGCAGCCGUCCAAAGUGGAAAUAUUUGGAUGAAAAUGUCCAUUGAACGCUAUAAUGAUGUAAAAACAUAUUUUUUUGCGAACUUCGUUGCCAUGCCAGGAUCUUUUGACGAUAUAGACGAAUAUGAGGACUUUAGCGACGAGUUGAAGCGCCUGUUCCUACCGCACGGCGAAACGAAGCUUAUGGAAUGUAAAUUCGAGUACGACAUCAUCAAGUCACCUAAAAAUUGUCAGAAAAAGUCAAUUAAAAAGAAGCGUUUCCGCAAGAUACCCAUAAAAACAGUGGCCCAAGAAUUAUUGGAAAUGGCAAGGGAGAUAUUUUUCUCCCAACUGACAGGCCGUUUAGGAACGGCUUUAGAUUUAAUUACCAAAGAAUUAAAAGUCACCUAUCCACCAAACGAGGAUACUCAACAAGAAGCUAAAAAGGAGGAAUUACCAAAGGAAGUCGUCAAUUUUUAUGAAAACCCUUUGGAAAAAACACGCGAGUGUAAUUACUGCUGCAACGAGAAUACAUCCAAUGUUAAAAGUGACGAGGAAAAUUCUGAUAUCGAAUAAACGACAGAUAUCCAUACUCGAGCUAUAAUAAUACAUAGUUAGCAUUGGGCCUUAUAUUUGAAAAGACAAACUUUCUGUUGGUCAUUGAACUGAUUGCCAUAUCAUGACAUAAAUAUCACGAAAUUCAUUUCUAUAUAUCCUA